UUUAUUGGUUGGCUCGGCGCUGGCAGGGCAGCGGAGCGGAGAGGAGGAGCAGAGCUCUGCUGCGCCGCGCGACUCCUCACCUCUCCGACUCAAUCCCAUCUCCACCUUUCAUCCCUCAACUUGUCCCGCACCAGGAUGGACGCGUUUGGCCGGAAAAUGUCGAAAGAAUGCGGGAGACGAGGGCGAGGAGUGCAUCGGUAACCGGAGCGGCUUUGGGCGUCGGUGAUGUUUGCAAUUUAUGACUGCAGAAAUUACGCGUAGACCAGAUCGGCGCACCGGUGCGCUCCCGGAGAGGAAGAAUGGACAUGUGAACGGGCAUGAUUCCCGAAAUAAGUCCAGUUUUGGUUCAUUAACUUGAAAAUUGUCAGAGUCGCGCAAGUGAAGAGGAUCGAUUGCUUAAUUGAUUGAGAUUUUUGUGCACUGGAGGAGGAAUUCGUGCGCCAAUAGCUCACGGGGCCAAUAUGCCAGAAUGGGUCCUCUACGGUAUUUAUUCCUCUGUGGACUUCUGCACACUCAAACCGACGGGUCUCGUCUUCGCCAGGAAGACUUUCCUCCUCGCAUUCUAGAGCAUCCUUCUGACCUCUUUGUGUCUAAAGGCGAGCCAGCCACUCUGAAUUGUAAAGCAGAGGGUCGCCCAACGCCGACAGUAGAAUGGUAUAAAGACGGUGAGCGUGUGGAGACAGACCGGGACAACGCACGCUCUCAUCGUAUGCUCCUGCCCAGCGGGUCCCUCUUCUUCCUACGCAUUGUCCACGGGCGACGCAGCAAACCUGAUGACGGCAACUAUGUGUGCGUGGCCCGCAACUAUCUUGGAGAAGCCGUGAGCCGGAAUGCAUCUCUACAAGUAGCACUGUUGCGUGAUGACUUCAGACAGAACCCACAAGAUGUGGUAGUUGCAGUCAGUGAGACAGCCAGUCUCGAGUGUCAACCUCCACGAGGACAUCCUGAACCCACCACCUUCUGGAGGAAGGAUAAAGCUCGUCUGGACCUCAAAGAUGAUAGGAUCACGGUUCGAGGUGGAAAGCUGACCAUCACUAACUCCAAGAAGAGCGACACAGGCAUUUAUGUGUGUGUGGCAGCCAACAUGGUUGGAGAGAGAGAAAGUGAAACUGCUCAGCUCUCAGUGUUUGAGAGACCCGUGUUCGUGCAGCGGCCCGUGAACCAGGUGGUCUUAGUCGAUGAGAGUGUUGAGUUCAGGUGUCAGGUUCACGGUGACCCGCCGCCUACACUGCGCUGGAAAAAGGAGGAUGUGGACAUUCCCCGUGGCAGAUAUGACAUCAGAUAUGAGAAGGAGGAUUUUGUGCUGAGGAUAAAGAAAGCCUCAGCCAGUGAUCAGGGAACUUUUAUCUGCCUGGCAGAGAACCGAGUGGGUAAAGUGGAGGCUUCUGCCUACCUGACAAUCCGAGAGGCGCCCCAGUUUGUGGUGCGACCCCGCGACCAGAUUGUGGCCCAAGGACGAACAGCUACCUUUCCAUGUGAGACAAAAGGCAAACCUCAGCCUACUGUCUUCUGGCAAAGAGAGGGUAGCCAGGAUCUUCUGUUUCCCAACCAGCCGACAGAAGAAGACAGCCGUGUGUCUGUGUCUGUCAAUGGAGAGCUGACAAUUUUGUCUGUGCAACGGUCUGACGCAGGAUAUUAUAUCUGCCAGGCCCUCACUGUAGCAGGGAGCAUCAUGACCAAGGCCCAACUUGAAGUUGCAGACGCUCUGAAGGACCGCCCCCCACCCAUUAUCAGGCAGGGACCCUCCAAUCAAACGCAGGCGAUGGGUGGUGUGACCAUACUUAGGUGCCAGGCAUCCGGGGACCCAGAACCGACAGUUACCUGGAGAAAGAAUGGGGCCAGUUUGCUGGGAAAAGACCUUCGGUUUUCCCUGUUGGAACACGGCAGUCUUCAGAUCCAGAGCACGAGGCUGUCUGACUCUGGAUCGUACACGUGUGUUGCCACCAGCUCCAGCGGUGAAACAUCAUGGAGCGCUUACCUGGAUGUCAAAGACUCUCCUGACCUUGUUGACUUCAUGUUCCACAAUGUGACUGCCCUGCCGGGGCCGCCCUCCAAGCCAGAGGUCACUGAUGUUACCAGAAGCAGUAUCUCGUUGUCAUGGGAACCGGGGCCAGAGACAAGCUCCCCAGUAUCUUCCUAUGUCAUUGAGGCCUUUGGUCAGUCAGUCAGUAACAGCUGGCAGACAGUAGCAGACCAUGUGAGGAGCGCGGAUUUUACCGUCAACGACCUACGACCCAAUACAGUGUACCUAUUCAUCAUCAGGGCAGUUAAUGCUCAAGGACUUGGAGACCCCAGCCCCAUGUCAGAUCCUGUCCGUACACAAGACAUUAGUCCUACAGCACAGGGUGUGGACCAUCACAGAGUGCAGAAGGAGUUGGGAGAUGUAUUGGUCAGCAUGCAUAACCCUGUAGUCCUGAGCUCCACUUCUGUGCAGGUCACAUGGACUGUGGAGAAUCCAUCACAGUUUAUUCAAGGCUACCGGGUUCUGUACCGACAAACGUCAGGGUUGCCCUCCCCAGGACCUUGGCAGAUGCAAGAUUUGAAGGUGGCUUCAGAGAGGGACAUAACUCUCUCCGCUCUGAAGAAAGGCAUCGUCUAUGAGAUUAAAGUGCGACCGUACUUCAAUGAGUUCCAGGGCGCAGACAGUGAAUCCAUGACAGCACGCACCAUGGAAGAAGCACCCAGUGCACCUCCCCAGCAAGUGACAGUGUUGACAGUCGGGAAUCAUAACAGCACCUCCAUCAGUGUAUCAUGGGACCCUCCACCCUCCGACGAGCAAAACGGCAUCAUCCAGGAGUACAAGAUCUGGUGUUUGGCCAAUGACACACAGUUUCAUGUCAAUAAAACUGUGGAUGCAACCAUCCGUUCAGUGGUCAUCGGGGGCCUACAGGCUGGGGUCCAAUACCGCGUAGAGGUGGCUGCAGGCACCAGUGCAGGGGUGGGGGUCAAAAGCAAACCCCAACUCAUCAUGCUGGGUGCAGAAUUGAGGGACGUAAUGACGGGGUCAGAGGGCAACAACAGCAUCUCAGAUGUGGUGAAGCAGCCGGCCUUCAUCGCUGGGUUGGGCGGAGCCUGCUGGAUUGUUCUCAUGGGCUUCAGUGCCUGGCUGUACUGGAGGAGAAAAAAGAGGAAAGGCCUGAGCAACUACGCAGUUCAGUCCUUCACCUUUACGCGUGCAGUUACCUUCCAAAGAGACAGAGGCCUGAUCAGAAAUGGAAGUCGUCCCGGUCUGCUGAAGGCAGGCGAUCAAGGCCUGCCCUGGUUGGCUGACUCAUGGCCCUCCACCAGUCUCCCAGCUAACGAGGGCUUAGGGAGCCCAAAGGGCAACAGCAAUUUUGGCCGUGGAGAUGUUUUACCGUCUGCAGCCGUAGAGAAGACGGGCACCAUGCUGUCUGAUGGUGCCAUCUACAGCAGCAUUGAUUUCAUGGGGAAGGCAGGCUACAGCAGCCCAGUGAGAAGCAGUCAGCCCACCCCCUACGCCACCACUCAGAUACUGCAGUCCAACAGUUUCCACGAGUUGGCAGUGGAUAGACCAGAUCCCCGCUGGAAAGCAUCUCUCCAAGCCCAGCAGGAAAUAGCAAACCUGGGCUAUUCGCUGACUGACAGACGCCCUGGUAGCGGUGGAAAUGGAAAGGUUGGGAAGAAGAAGAAGGCGAAGGGUGGAACAAAGACUUCUAAAUCAAAUGGGACGUGUUGGGCGAACAUGCCCCUGCCUCCUCCACCCAUGCACCCUCUCCCUGGUACCGAGGUUGACCUUGACCAGUACCCCCAGGAAAGCCACGGAGGAGGAUAUGACGGAGACAGCUGGGGUCCACCCCUGUCAGUCCAGCCUUACCUUCACCAGAACUUGGAUAACGAAUUGGAAGAGGAACGAGGUCCCACUCCACCCCUGAGGGGGAGAACUUCCUCACCUGCAGCAGUUCCAUUCAGCCAACCACCGUCUUCUUCUCUCAGCUCCGCCCACCAUGAAGAAAUGCAGUCCAUUUUACAGGCUCACUUGGAUGAGCUGACCCGAGCCUACCAAUACGAGGUGGCGAAGCAGGCAUGGCACAUGAAGAGUAGUCCAAAUAUGUCUAACACACCAAUCCCUCCUGUGGACUUCAUGUCCAGUACACUGGGCUCUGACUUUGGGGCCACCCUCCUUUCUGAAGAUGAUGAGGAUGAGGAUGAAAGAUAUGCUGUGGUGUCAAAGAAUUUGUGCGGCUUUGAAUACACGCCAAGUCAUAGUUUGGAGAACUUUGAUGGGUCAGGUAUAACUUCUCAGCAGUGCCACUCGGACAGCUCUGGCACAGCUGACACAGGUGCACAGGGCACGCAUAGCCUUGGACACAAGAGGGCACCACUUACUGGCCUCAAACCGCAAUCAGACAAAGUUGGAACUCUGCCCAGACCAAGAAACACCAACACAGACUCAGCCCACACACGAGCCAUGAAGUCCCCGCACAGCGCGGGCGCUGCCUGCAUGCACAGCUCAUGGGCAGCUGCAGCCUCAGACCCAUCUCAGGAGUGCAUGGUAACGGUGUCGACACUAGAACAGCAACAUAUGGUGUCCUGGAGUGGCACAACAGCAUCCAGCAGGGCCACCCUGAGUCGGGGUUCCCACCAGAGACCUGGCACAGAUUCCAUCUCGCAACGGGCAUCCACCAACAAGCAGCACAGAAAAAAGGGAACACUGUGGAAAUGGAAAGGUUGGGAAGAAGAAGAAGGCGAAGGGUGGAACAAAGACUUCUAA